AUGACAGACACGAAGCGAAGAGUGAAGUUGUAUGCGCUGAACGCCGACCGCCAAUGGGACGACAGAGGGACGGGUCACGUGUCGUCCGCAUAUGUGGACCGCUUGAAGGGAAUGUCGCUUCUGGUGAAGGCCGAGAGCGACGGCUCGCUUCUGCUCGAGUCGAAGAUCUUGGCGGACACGGCGUACCAGAAACAACAGGAGACGCUCAUCGUGUGGUCGGAGGGCGACAACUACGACCUGGCGCUCAGUUUCCAGGAGAGGGCGGGCUGUGACGAGAUCUGGGCCAAGAUCUGUCAGGUGCAGGGAAAGGACCCCUCAGUGGACAUCACGCAGGAGAUCGCCGAAGAGGAGGACGAGCGCUUCGACGACACCAACGACACCGGUCUGUCCGCCUCUGUUGCGCGCCAUGUCGUGACCUGUCGUCCCCUUUUAGGCACGAACUCGCUGUCCGUCGAACUGCCGCUUUGCGAGAGCGACCGCUUGGACGAGAUCAACGAACUGAUGGUCACGUGUCUGCCGUAUCCCAUCAAACGCGAGAAGCUGGCCAUCGCUCUGGAGACCGAGUCCUACAUCAAGAAGUUGUUGGCGUUGUUCCGCGCGCUCGAGGAGCAGAAGAGCGUGCGGUCGCUGCACAAGCUGUACGACAUCUUCAAGAACAUCUUCCUCCUCAACAAGAACCCGUUGUUCGAAGUGAUGCUUUCGGACGAGUCCUUGUGGGACAUCAUCGGCGUCUUCGAGUACGACCCCUCCCUCCCGGCCCCCAAACGCCAUCGCGAGUACUUGAAGUCCGUCUCGCGCUUCAAGGAAGUGAUCCCAUUGGGCAACUCGGAGCUCGUGGCCAAAAUCCACCAGACCUAUCGCGUGCAAUACAUCCAGGAAGUGGUUCUGCCCACGCCCUCCGUGUUCGAGGAGAACAUGCUGUCCACGCUCUCCUCCUUCAUCUUCUUCAACAAGGUGGAAAUCGUUUCUCUCAUUCAAGAAGACGAGAAGUUUUUGCGACAACUCUUCGCCCAACUCUCCGACGAGUCGACCGCAGAGGACAAACGCCGCGACCUCGUGCUCUUCCUCAAAGAGUUUUGCACUUUUUCGCAAACACUUCAGCCGCAGAACAGAGAGAACUUCUUCAAGGCGUUGGCUUCGCUCGGGAUUCUGUCCACUUUGGAAGUGAUUCUUUCGAUGGAAGAUCCGACCAUCAAAUUGGCUUCCGUUGAUAUACUUACUUACGUCGUCGAGUAUUCGCCGUCAAUGGUCAGGGAAUACGCGCUCCAACAGGAGAACGACGAGGAACAGUUCAUCACAAACAUAAUCAUCGAACAAAUGAUUUGCGACUCCGACCCCGACCUGGGAAUGGCCACUCAGUUAUCCGGUAUUAUCAAACUGCUUGUGGAUCCCGAGAACAUGUUGGCCGCCACUGUGGUCAACAAGUCGGAGAAGACGGACUUUCUCAACUACUUCUACAAACACUGCAUGCAUGUCCUCAUCGCUCCCGUUCUCGCGUCCACUCAGGACGACAAAGUCGUGCAACGACUGGCGCAACAACAGAGCGGCCAAUCGGCGCAACUGCUGUCCAUCAUUCUGGAACUGUUGGCCUUCUGUGUCGAACACCACGCCUAUCACAUCCGCAAUUACAUUCUUCAUCGCGAACUCCUGAAACGCAUUCUUCUUCUCAUUCACUCCAGACACACAUUCCUUGUCCUCACCGCUCUGCGAUUUGUGCGCAAAAUCAUUGGUUUGAAAGACGAGUUCUACAACCGACACAUCAUUCAUUGCAAUCUAAUGGCGCCGAUCGUCGAGCGCCUCAUCACAAACAACGGCCGAUACAAUCUUCUGGAUUCGGCGAUCGUCGAGCUCUUCGAGUUCGUUCGCGCCGAAGAAAUCAAGUCUCUCUGCGUUUACAUAAUGGAGAAGUUCUGGAAGCAGUUGGAAAGCAUUGAUUACGUGCGCACUUUCAAAGGCCUCAAACUGCAAUACGAACAGCACCAGGACAGGCUCAAGGACAAAGACACGUCCGUACCUCUAUUGCUGUGUCCACCACUAACCCCCUCUUCUCCCGACAGGAAUUCGGUGCUUCUGUCGCGACGCUUCCGCAGAGACGCGCGCGAUCUCGAGGACGAGGAGGAGAUGUGGUUCAACAACGACGACGACGACGACUGCGACGCCAACUCUCUCUCCGAUUCUCUCAACUAUAAACUCGAGGCCGAGUAUGACUUCAACAAGAAGGCGCUCGAGCGCAAGAACAUCGGUCUCUCCUAUCAAGACAUCGAUUCGGUGAAGAAGUCGUUCGAAUUAGAAACCAACCAAAACAAAAGCACAUUACGUCCAUCGACGCCCCGAAGGGCACCCCUGACCACUCCUACAUCUCAGUCAUCGCCCUCCGACAUCACGUCUUCGCGAAAGGGUUUGGUCGAUUACGACAUUCAACCCGACGAAGACUCGGACGAAGAGUCGGGCGACGAGAGUCCGGACUCGGAUUCGGAACAUAUAUCAGCCAAACGCCAACGACUGUCCAACUCUUAGUUCUUAUAAAUAUUUGAAACAUUUUUCGUAUUUAGACUACAAUUAUGUAAAAGACAAACAAUUCUUAUAUAAAUAAUGCAUAAAAAGAUUAAAACGUUUUCUAAUCUGAGA